AUGUGCUCUGAGAAUUCCCCAAUAGACAACGAGUUCCCAGACUUGGCACAUCUCACCAUCUCGUCCUUUCACCAACGCCUGUUUUCCACCGAUCCUCAAGCCCAAGCUGGACGAGGUUCCGCACAGUCUCUCACCUGUACCGCCCUUGUCCAAGCAUACCUAAAUCGAAUCGCCCGUUACGACUCUACUUUCAGAUCGUUGAUCUAUAUCAAUCCAGAUGCUUUGAAGAUCGCAGCGCAGAAAGAUCUCGAAGCGAGGAGUGUAUAUCAACUUCGACACCGUCAUACAUGUCCAGCCUCGACCUCUACUUCGGGAACUACCCAGCAGUCCCAGGACCGAGAUCUAGCAUCAUUCUCUUCAAAGUCAUCGACGGCAAUCAAUCCGGGAGCUUCUCGAAACCCUAGCGACAAACGCAAAUGUCCGUACAAUAGUCACAUCCCACCCCUUCAUGGCGUCCCAUUCAUCCUCAAAGACAACUUCACCACCCACGACACACCCACCAGCGCCGGCGUUCUCGCCCUCCAAUCCCUCCGCACUACCACCGACGCCCCCGUCAUUCAACGCCUUCGCUCCGCCGGCGCCAUCAUCCUCGCCAAAGCAAAUAUGCAUGAAUUCGCCCUUCAUGGCACAACCACCUCUUCCCUGGGUGGACAGACACUCAACCCGUACGAUUGCACGCGCACACCGGGUGGGUCGUCGGGUGGAACAGCGGCAGCACUUGCGAUGGGCAUCGGAAUCGUCGGGUGUGGAAGUGAUACGGUCAAUUCGUUGAGGUCGCCGGCUUCGGCGUGUGGGAUUGUCGGGUUCAGACCGUCCAGGGGUAGGGUUUGUAUGGAGGGAAUUGUGCCUGUUUGCCAGGCGCAGGAUGUGGUGGGGCCCAUGGGGAGGUGUGUGGCAGAUGUGAAGGCGGUUUUUGAUGUGAUGAAAGAUGUCGAGGUGGAUGCGGAUCGUGGAUACCAGAGCAGGUCUGCUGCGGGUGUGCCUCAGCAGAAACGACCCGUUCGAAUCGGAGUUCUAGAAUCAUACUUUGAACUCGAUGAUCCAGUGGAAGAUCACACCGAGGAACUCGUCCAGGAGAACAAACUCGUCCAGCAUAUCGUUCGCGAAGCUUUAUCUUCCAUCGUCGCGACUCAUCCAGAAUCUGAUAUCCAGCUGGUCACCAUCCAUCCGGCCAGUCAUCCAGACUGGCGGUUCACGACUCUUCAAUCCACGGCCGACACCCAGAUCUACGAGUUUCAAGAACGACUCGAUGCCUUCCUCCAAUCCCCCACCGUCAUAGCACCAUACAUCUCGCUGCAAGCCAUUGCAGAAAGUGGUCUCUACCAUGCAAAAGCCGUGACGGAGGUCUUCACCGCGCCGCUAAAAGAGCCCUCGGAAUUUCGCACGGCAACUCCGGGGUAUCGAAGACGACUGGCGAGUAUUGCUGCUUUGAAACAGUCCGUCACGGAUUUAUUCGUCAGCAACGAUCUCGACGCGCUUGUAUACCCUCACCAGCGACAAUUGCCCGUCAGAAUUGGAGAGACCAUCCAACCGAGACGGAAUGGAAUUUUGGGUGCUUUAACGGGGAGACCGGCGAUUUGCUUAUCUGCUGGAUAUAGUUCGCCAACCAUGUCUGCGCCCCAAGGGAUACCGAUUGGAUUGGAGUUGAUGGGCCAAGUCGGGCGGGACGAGGAGCUCUUGGAUCUUGCGGAAACGAUCGAAAAUAUACUUCCACCGCGCAAGGUUGCAGAUCUGGAUGUUAACGCUGCCAGAAACGACCUGGGCCAACACUCGGCCGUAGUGGUACCCAGGCCCGGA